AUGUCAGACAAACCAAAUGUACUUGUACUCGGAGGUGUAGGAUUCAUCGGCAGAAACUUGGUUCAAUUCCUUGUAGAGAAACAAUUAGCCAACCGUAUUCGUGUUGUUGACAAGGUGUUACCAGCCACAGCAUUCUUUGGCAAGAAGCACCAAGAGGCCUUUGCCAACCCACAAGUUGAAUACGUCCAAGGCAACCUCUCCAACACUGCCUCGAUUGCCAAGUCGUUUGCCCUCGAAGGUUCCAAGUUCAACUAUGUCUUUAACUUGGCCGGUGAGACCAAGUACGGUCAAACCGACGCCCUCUACAACGAAAAGGUCUUUGACGUCACUGUCAAGUGCGCCACCGAGGCUGCCAAGGUUGGCGUUGACAAGUUUAUCGAGGUCUCUACCGCCCAAGUCUACGACUCUAACAAAAAGGCUAGCAAGGAAGAUGCAAAGACUGAUCCAUGGACUUUAAUUGCCAAGCACAAACUCAGUGCUGAACAAAAAUUAAAGGAAAUUGCUGGAUUAAAUUAUGUAAUUGUUAGACCAGCAGUAGUUUAUGGUCCAGGUGAUAUUCUUGGUCUUUCACCAAGAAUUAUUACAGGAGCAGUCUACAAGUAUUUGGGAGAAAAGAUGCAAUUCUUGUGGACCGGUGAUUUGAGAUACAAUACCGUCCAUGUUGUCGAUGUCUGCAGAGCCUUGUGGUUGUUGGCUCAAAAGGCCCCCAACGGUGCCGUCUACAAUCUCGCCGACAAGGGUGAUACCGCCGCCGAAGACAUUAGCAAGAUCCUCGAAAAGGUCUUUGCCAUCAAGACUGGUUUCGCCGGUUCCAUCCUCUCCAACUUGGCCAAGCUCAAUUUGAAGGACAUUUGCGAAGAAGCCAACAACAAGCAUCUCAAGCCAUGGUCUGAUCUCUGCAAGGAAAAGGGUAUCACCAACACCCCACUCACUCCAUACAUUGAUCAAGAACUCCUCUACAACAACCAUUUGAGUGUCGAUGGUUCUGCCAUCGAGUCGAUCGGUUUCACCUAUGAACAUCCAAAAUUGACCGAAGAAGCCAUCAAGGAACAAAUCGAAUACUUUACCUCUCAAGGUUUAUUCCCACAAUUAAAAUAA